UAUUCCUUUGUUUCCUUCGCUAAACAUUUACACAUUUCUACAAAGAGAGAAAAAGAAAAUGGUGUACUCCAGUGAUACAAAGGCGACAGUCAUAAGUACUUCACCAUCAUCUUCUCGCUCCGUCUCGCCACCGUCGUCGUCGUCUUCUUCUCCUAACUCUCCACCACCACCGCCGAUGGUGGUGGUCAGCCCUUGCGCCGCCUGUAAAAUAUUACGGCGGAGAUGUGCAGAGAAAUGUGUAUUGGCACCUUAUUUUCCUCCCAAUGAUCCUAUCAAAUUCACUACUGCUCAUCGUGUCUUUGGUGCUAGUAACAUUAUCAAGUUCUUGCAGGAAUUGCCAGAAUCUCAAAGAGCAGAUGCUGUGAGCAGCAUGGUGUAUGAAGCCAAUGCUAGACUGAGAGAUCCAGUCUAUGGUUGUGCAGGGGCAAUUUGUCAACUUCAAAAGCAAGUGAAUGAGUUACAAGCACAGUUAGCAAAGGCACAAGCUGAGGUUGUCAACAUGCAAUGUCAACAAGCUAAUCUCAUGGCCCUAAUUUGCAUGGAUAUGAAUCAAUCUUCUCCACAAGCAUCACCACAACAACAAUCUAAUUUGGAAAGUUUCACUAAUAAUAUCCCACAUAGCUUUCAGAACAGUAUGAGUUUCCUAGAUGAUAACAAUAACUUUGGAUCGGUGUGGGAGCCCAUGUGGACAUGACUACAUAUAGAGGCGGAUCUAAGAUUUAAUUUUAACUCUACGGAUUCAGGUUCUAGUGAGUUUUACAUAGACAAAUUCAAAUUUAGGCUAAGAGUUAUCAGUUCAAAUGAAUCCACGUCUAUAUUGCUAGAUCCGCCCCUAACUACGGAAACAUGUUUCCUCAGAUCAAAGGGCUCUCUACCAUUAAGUUUGUCCAUUCUAACUCUUUGAGAAAUUUACUAAGUCAGCUUUGAGUAAAAAAUAUUAAAUAAUCGCCAAUAAAAUUGACGUGACGUAUAUCAGAGAAAGGAAAACAAAAUGUAGUAUAAAUUGAGCCAAAUCUUCAAAGAUUUGUGUUCCAAUGUCUAGUUAGGUAAUUUCAUUAUUUUUGUAAUGAUUCUGAGAGAGCAAAUGAAAUUGACGGGUCUUUUGAUCCCGCCAUGUUAUCUAAA